GGCCCGAAGGUUCGCUGCAUAAAUAUAGGGACUCUAGUUACUGGAAGUGUGUGGCGACAUCUGCGCAAACAAAACAGGAAAUGACCGGUGGCAUUUAAAAUCCAACGUUCUUUUUAAAUCUCUUCUUGAUACCCCGAUCGGCCCGAUCCAUCCAUUUAAACCACGCUGUCGCCUCACGCAGGCAGCAAGAAUCAGGAAUAUCGGCAUUGCAGUCGAUCGUGCACUCGAGGACACGUCGCAUUAGUUCGUUAUGACGCACCUGAGAUUCAUGAAGGAGCUCGACAAUUUAACUCGCAUGGACGACGCUAUCAAAGGCGCAAUCCCACGUUGGCAAAAGAAAUGCAUGGAAGCAUCGAAUUUAAGCGUUAAUCACAGUUUAAACUCGUCAAAGAAAAUUACUUCUUUCACAAGCAGUAUAUCAGGAAAGACCCCGAUAAAGAAAAAUGAUUGCAAAACCAAGAAAACUCCCUCCAAAUGUAUUAAGAAGUCUCCAAGUCGAGCCACUACUCCAGCCAAGACACCCAGCGGUGGCGACAGAUUCAUUCCGUCGAGAGCCACGACUAAUUUUGAAUUAAGUCAUUUCAAGAUUCUUCAACAACAAAAUGCUGAACAAGAUAGAGACAAAGCUGAUAAAAUGAGUCCUAAGAAACGGGAGAUGCAGCGUCUCAUAGGAGAGAAUCUUUAUGGUGGUGAUAUAAAUAAUGCGCGAAUUUUAUCUUAUCAAAAUAAAGCACCAGCGCCACCAGAAGGAUAUCAGAAUCCUCUCAAAGUCCUGUACAGUCAAACUAAAACGCCAGCUAGUGCCAAAAAUUCCACGAGAUACAUACCGCAAGCCCCUGAUAGAAUACUGGAUGCACCUGAAAUUAUCGAUGAUUAUUAUUUAAACUUAGUGGAUUGGUCAAACAAUAAUAUCUUAGCUGUAGCAUUAGGUGCUAACGUUUAUUUAUGGAACGCUGGAACUGGUACUAUAGAACAGUUAUUUGAAUUGGAAGCAAAUGAUUAUGUAUGCUCCGUCGCAUGGAUUCAAGAAGGUCCAUGUUUGGCAGUGGGUACCACAGUGGGAAAUACAGAAUUGUGGGAUUGCAGUCAAAUGAAGAGAAUGCGCGUUAUGAACGGACAUACAGCCAGAGUUGGUUCUCUUUCCUGGAAUUCCCAUGUACUAUCAAGCGGUUGCAGGUCUGGUAAAAUAGUGCAUCAUGAUGUCAGAGAACGAGAUCAUUUCAUUUCAACUAUAAACGCACACGCUCAAGAAGUGUGUGGCUUGAAAUGGUCGCCUGAUGGGCAAUAUCUGGCGAGUGGUGGCAAUGACAAUAUGCUGCAAAUCUGGUCGUCAAUCGCCGGGCAAAGGCAUUCUCAGACGCAGCCUAUUUAUUCGUUCAAUCAGCAUCAAGCUGCCGUAAAAGCGCUCGCUUGGUGUCCUUGGCAAAACAAUGUACUCGCGAGCGGCGGCGGUACCGCUGAUCGGACUAUUAGGUUUUGGAAUUGCAACUCAGGUGCCUGUUUGAAUACGAUAGAUACAAAGUCUCAGGUCUGUGCUUUGCUAUGGUCUACGAACUACAAAGAGAUUGUUUCUGGACAUGGAUAUGCGCAAAAUCAGCUAACAAUUUGGAAAUAUUCAGCGAUGACGAAGCUCGCGGAACUUACCGGACACACCAGUCGCGUUUUACAUUUAGCCAUGUCUCCGGAUGGAACUACGGUGCUUAGUGCUGGUGCCGACGAAACGUUAAGAUUGUGGAAGUGCUUUCAAGUGGAUCCACAGAAAAAAAAAGAAUCUGCCGACAUAAAAUCAGUUGCGUCUAGGCUCAAACAAUCGAUUCGAUAAAAUCGACAUGUAAUGCAUGUUGCUUAGCGAUCACUCCAGUAUUUAUUUUUCGAAUUGAUUGUAUGCGAUCGGUAUAUACAGGUAUAUAAUAUAAAUAGAUUAAUUAAUACAGAUAUAUGACAUGGUCGAAUAUUAUCGAACAUAAAAGUAUUGACGUAUCGAAUCAAUUGAUUGAUCUAUUUUAUACAGAGAAAGAAAAUGCAAAAGUAAAUACUUAAUGUUGAUAGACCCAUUGCAUUUGGGAUACAUGUACGAUCGGUGAAGAAAGUAGAUAUAAGAACAUAUUAUUGUUAAAUAAUUAAAGUACAAACAAGCUUGCGUUAGCGUAUUACGUCUGUAACUUUUAUUAUAUGAACAUUCAGAUUCUACGCGCAAAAAUCAU